AUGUCAAAGCAGGGAGACUACGAUGCUGUCAAGAAGGACAUCAUCGCCGUCCUGAAGCAGCCCGAGUACGAUGACGGCUCCGCCGGUCCUGUUUUGGUGCGUCUCGCAUGGCACGCAAGUGGUACCUACUGUGCCGAGAGCGACACGGGUGGAUCCAACGGCGCCGGGAUGCGAUACGAGGCCGAGGGCGGCGAUCCGGCCAACGCCGGUCUGCAGCAUGCGCGUGUCUUCCUCGAACCCAUCAAGGCGAAGCACUCUUGGAUCACCUAUGCCGACCUCUGGACUCUGGCCGGUGUAGUUGCCAUCGAGGCCAUGGGAGGUCCCAAGAUUCAGUGGAAGCCCGGCCGCACCGACUUUGCCGACGAUUCGAGACUGCCACCGCGCGGCCGCCUGCCUGACGGUGCGCAGGGUGCCGACCACCUGCGCUUCAUCUUCUACCGCAUGGGCUUCAACGACCAGGAAAUCGUCGCGCUCUCGGGCGCACACAACCUCGGACGCUGCCACUCGGACCGCUCCGGCUUCGAGGGUCCCUGGGUCAACUCGCCAACGCGCUUCUCGAACCAAUACUACAAGCUGCUGCUCAAGCUCAAGUGGCAACCUAAAAAAUGGGACGGCCCCUUCCAGUACGUUGCCACCGCGCCCGGUGCCGACGACGACGACGAGAAGCUCAUGAUGCUGCCCACAGACUACGCGCUGAUCCAGGACGAAAAGAUGCGCCCCUGGGUCGAGAAGUACGCAGAGGACCGCGAUGCGUUCUUUGCCGACUUCGCAAAGGUGUUUGCCAAGCUCAUCGAGUUGGGGGUCUACCGGGAUGAGUCGGGCAUUGCGCGCGCAGACAAGAUGAAGACAUACAAGGCCGAGUACAAAUCGGCUCCGCAAAAGUCGCCGGUUCCCGGGGCGCCCGGUGCGGGCAAGGACGGCGAGGCAAACCCGUUGGCUCGCCAGAACCAAAAGGCACACCAGCAUUCUCUGCAAGCCAAGCUUUGA